AUAAAUAGCUAGGGUUACGAAGUGGAGGGGCCUCUGAGGGGAGACGAGCGAGGGGUAGCAGGCGGCGGCGAAGUUCCAAGCGCGGAAGAGAGAGAGGAGAAAGAGAGGUCUUCCUCGCCUCCGCCAAGAUGGGUAUUUCCCGAGACUCUAUGCAUAAGAGGCGCGCAACGGGAGGGAAGAAGAAGGCCUGGAGGAAGAAGAGAAAGUAUGAGUUGGGCCGGCAGCCGGCAAAUACAAAGCUUUCGAGCAACAAGACUGUCAGAAGGGUUCGUGUUCGUGGAGGAAAUGUGAAGUGGAGGGCCCUUCGUUUGGAUACUGGCAAUUACUCGUGGGGGAGUGAAGCUGUGACCCGAAAGACUCGUAUCCUUGAUGUCGUGUACAAUGCCUCCAAUAAUGAGCUUGUGAGGACACAGACCCUGGUGAAAAGUGCCAUUAUCCAGGUUGAUGCUGCCCCCUUCAAGCAAUGGUACCUCCAGCACUAUGGUGUUGAGAUUGGUAGGAAGAAGAAGGCCCCAGCUGCUACCAAGAAGGAAGCAACAGAGGGGCAGGAGGGCGAAGGUGCUACCGAAGAACCAAAGAAGAGCAACCACGUCCUUAGGAAGCUGGAGAAGCGUCAGCAGGGUCGUAAACUUGACCCCCACAUUGAGGAGCAAUUUGGUAGCGGGAGAUUGUUAGCUUGUAUCUCAUCCCGCCCCGGCCAGUGUGGCAGAGCUGACGGAUACAUAUUGGAAGGGAAGGAGCUGGAGUUCUACAUGAAAAAGAUCCAAAGGAAGAAGGGCAAGGGUGGUGCCGGAGCUGCUUGAGUGGACUUUUGUUUAGUUGUUUGGUUCUUCAGUUUUAUUUUGUUUGAAUUUAUGUAGACUAAGAACAAGUAAUGGGUCAUUUGAAAUGUUGACAUGCAUUUGAGCUCUGUUAGAGAUGAGAACGAUAUACUGUUGCUAUAUUAAUCAUUAUAUUUCCCAACCAAAGCAUUCAAUAGCAGGUUGAUCUGACUUUAAAA